UGGCACUCUGAGACCUCGUCGUUUCAUCUUCCGUAUGGUGAGAUGUCUAUCACACUGGACGAUGUCUCGUGUUUGUUACAUCUUCCAAUCAGGGGGAGACUCUUCGGUCAUGGGAGGAUUACCAAAGACGAGGCAAUAGAGAUGAUGGUAGAGCAUCUGGAGGCUGAUCUAGAGAAGACAUGGAGGAGGUGGAUAAAACCAAGGGUGCUCAUGCUAGAUUUGAGUUCCUGAGGAAGAUUUAUGUGGUUGAGAUCCAGAGAGCAGAGCAGACUGAUGGUGAUCAUGAGCAGGUGCCAAUCUACAAAUCACAUGUAUUGAGAGCAUACCUUCUUUUUUUUGGUUGGGACUGCUAUUUUUGUGGACAAGAGUGUCACUUAUACUGACGUCGUCUACCUACAGUACUUUGUGGAUCUCGAGCAGAUCCAUGAGUACAACUAAGGAGAGGUUUGCUUGGUCUACUUGUAUUUGAAGUUGAGAGAGGGUUGUAUGUGGAAGACGAAGCAGGUCACUGGCAGCGUGACACUACUGACGACUUUUUUAUUUCAGGCUUGGAUCCUCCAGCACUUCCCGCGCAUCUCUGACUGGGCGAGUGUGCCUGAGUAUAUUGAGGAUAUGCCGCGUGCAACUGCUUUUAUCUCGCUCAGAAGGAACCAGACGAUCGAGCCUUUCAGAGUCUAUCUUGAUCGUUUGAUUGUUGAGGACAUAUACUUCAACAACUAUGUUGAUCACCGUCAAACACAGCCAUUUGACGAGAUAGUGUUAUACUCUAGAUGGUUGGCCUGCGGAUCGUGUCUCGCUGCUCCUCAUCUGUUCGAGUGUGUCAUGCGGCAAUUUGGCUAUGUUCAGAUCAUUCCCAGACACUCUACUGUCUUUCCUCCUCCUGCCUUGACACGUAGGCAGAUAGAGGAGAUGUUUCAUGAUUACGAGAGUCAUAUGGUAUCGGAUGAGGCACGUACCAUAACUGAGAGCGACUGGAGCUUUGUAGACAGGUACAUCAGAUGGUUCUUAAGGAUGUCACAUUCGUAUAUGGUGCAUGUUACUCUAGAAGAUCCGCCGAGACCAUCUCAUCAGGAGAUACUAGAGGAGGAGCAGGCUUAGCUAAAUCAUACUAAUGAUGUCUUGUCUAGGUGUCGUCGCAUAAUAGAAAUUGUGCGGGCAGACAUUGACGAGGGUAUCUUCCCUGAGGGGUCUGAUGUCAGGCGGGUCCUAGAUACCAUCAUGACAGAGGCACAUGGGACAUUGUUGUAUCAGAGACAUCGUUGGAGGAUAGGGGGGAUUGAUGGUCGAAGAGGCAGAGGAGGUAGAAGAGAGUUUGUCAGACACACACAGUAGUAGUCUGUUAUUAUUUUGUUGUAGAAUUAUGGUUUGUACUUUAUUUUGACUGUCUUACUACAUUAUCGAUCUCGGUUAUACGACAUUUUCGAUAUAUAUUGCUAUUUUAUUUUUGUA